AUGUUUGCUUGCAUGUGCUGUGCGUAGCCAAGGAGACGUUUUCGGCAAUAAAAACUGCAGGGAGCGGCGGAGAGAAUCAGAUUUUAUUUUAUCAGUUUCCUAUUCGUAACUCUACUCUUAGUCUUAAAUUUUAACCAUGAGAGAAAUUGUUCACUUGCAGGCUGGCCAAUGCGGCAACCAGAUCGGCUCUAAAUUCUGGGAGGUUAUCUCCGACGAGCAUGGUGUUGACCCCACUGGAACCUACCACGGAGACUCCGAUCUUCAGUUGGAGAGAAUCAAUGUCUACUUCAACGAGGCCACAGGAGGCAAGUACGUUCCCCGUGCUGUCCUUGUGGACUUGGAGCCCGGAACCAUGGACUCCGUCCGAUCCGGACCUUUCGGCCAGAUCUUCAGACCUGACAACUUCGUCUUCGGACAGUCUGGAGCUGGAAACAACUGGGCCAAGGGACAUUACACCGAGGGAGCCGAACUCGUCGACUCUGUUCUGGACGUAGUCAGGAAGGAAGCUGAGGGCUGUGAUUGCCUUCAGGGAUUCCAGCUGGCUCACUCUCUUGGAGGCGGUACCGGAUCCGGCAUGGGAACACUCCUGAUCUCCAAGAUCCGUGAAGAAUACCCCGACAGGAUCAUGACCACUUUCUCCGUAGUCCCAUCCCCCAAAGUAUCAGACACAGUUGUUGAACCUUACAACGCCACCCUCUCCGUCCAUCAGCUGGUUGAGAACACAGACGAGACCUUCGCCAUUGACAACGAAGCUCUCUACGAUAUCUGCUUCAGGACCUUGAAACUCACCACCCCCACAUACGGAGAUCUUAACCAUCUCGUCUCCGCCACCAUGUCUGGUGUCACCACAUGCCUGAGGUUCCCUGGACAGCUUAACGCUGAUCUCAGGAAACUCGCAGUCAACAUGGUACCUUUCCCCCGACUUCACUUCUUCAUCCCCGGAUUUGCUCCUCUCACCAGCCGAGGAUCCCAGCAGUACAGAGCUCUGACCGUUCCCGAGCUCACCGCCCAGAUGUUCGAUGCUAAGAACAUGAUGGCCGCUUGCGACCCCAGACACGGCCGAUACCUCACAGUCGCCGCUAUGUUCAGAGGACGUAUGUCCAUGAAGGAAGUUGACGAGCAGAUGUUGAACGUACAGAACAAGAACAGCAGCUACUUCGUCGAAUGGAUCCCCAACAACGUGAAGACCGCCGUCUGUGACAUUCCUCCCAGAGGACUCAAGAUGUCUGCCACUUUCAUCGGAAACAGCACCGCCAUUCAGGAGCUCUUCAAGAGGAUCAGCGAACAGUUCACUGCUAUGUUCAGGCGUAAGGCUUUCCUCCAUUGGUACACUGGUGAAGGUAUGGACGAGAUGGAAUUCACUGAAGCCGAGAGCAACAUGAACGAUCUCGUAUCUGAAUACCAACAGUACCAGGAUGCCACCGCCGAAGAGGAAGGUGAAUUCGACGAGGAAGAGGGAGAAGAAGAUCAAUAAACUGUGAAAUCAAAUAACACGUACAACAGACAAAAGCAUGGGAAGAUUCUGCUUCAAAAGGGAAAUUUUGCCGGAAAUGGACUUAUCGGAGUGUGUCUUUAACAAUAUUUGAAAAAGAGGUUUUUCAUUCAGUAUUAUAAGUCCAUCAACGCAUUCAAAAA